AUGAGUGAUAGUUUCAUAAGCUUGCUUAGUGAUUAUGAGAGUGACAAGUCUCUUGUGGUGAGAACAAGAGUAUCUUCUAGUUCAAAUCCAUCCCCUUUUAUAUAUGACUGCAUGAGUCAUAAGGUUAUAUCUAUAAUUGAUGAUUCUGAUGCAGAAAGGCUCUAUAUGGGAUCUUCAGAUGAGGGAGCUUCUUCUAGGGAUUCUUCUUUCAAUGCUUUGUUCUUUGAUGAUAAUGUUGAGGUGACUAUGGAAAUAAAGGCUGCUAGCCUGAGAAGGGAGUGUGCUAGAGAUUACGCCAAGUUCUACCAAAAAUCUUAUAAGCAAGACCCUAGCGAUACUGAUAUCAAGGAUCAUUUGGAGUGUGGGGCCCGUCCAGAUUAA